AUGUGGCUCGCCCACUGUGUUGCGGGCGUGGGACCGACAGACCCGCGUUUCGUCGCCGACGUGCAGGGGUUGGCGAGACGCUCCCUCCCAUCGACGCGGAUCGCGGUGGUGGUGCCCAUCUGCGUCAAGUGCGGAGAAGCGACAAAGCUGAUUGCCACAGCAAACCGCUGGACCAAGUCUAGCGGGUUGCCGUGCAUGGCAGCGGCAGGAGUUGAGUAUACCGCUUCCGCGUCUUCUUCCGACGCUCGCCUCAGAUCGGAGUGCGAAAUGCUGCCAUCCUCCGAUUUCGUGCCUCGGCCUGGGAGGAUGCAAGACCUCGCCAAUGGUGACAUCUCCGCAGACCUCAUAAUCUACCAAGAGAUGGAGUUUGUGCAGCGUGCGACGGCCAUGCGGCUGUUCGGCCGCGCGGCGGCCUGCUUUCGAAACCUCGCGGUCGUCACCGCCCACCUCGCGCACGAGGACGACAGCUACCCGCGUGCGCCCAACGUCAUGUUUUAUCAGCUGGCAACGGAGCUGCUCAAGCUUCGCGCGUACAGCUAUUGGGUGCAGCUGGAGACGGACUCAGUACCGCUGCGCCCUCGCUGGCUGGAGUAUCUAGCAGCGAGGAUCCCUCCACGGACAGACGGCUUUUGGGUCAAGGGGAGCGCUCCGAGGCAUCACUGCAGCUGGUGCAAUUUGGAGGAGGGAUACCACAUCAAUGGGAACGCUCUGUAUAACGCGCGCGACGAAGCCUUCCUCGCCUUCAUUCAGCGCACAUGGAGCUUUGCUGGCAACCACACGGAGCCGUACGAUGUCGCCCUCUUCGAACGGGCGCGUAGCAGCGACCGGAGUACUUGGACGAUGUUGGGCGGCAAGUCUGUCGGCCGGCUGUUUCAGUUCUCCGAUGUCAUCGUGAGCUACUACUGGCCCAUCGCAUUCGAACGCGCCGUGAGGCGCUACCCUUGCGCGGUGCUCUUGCACGGCAAUCACUCUCGCUCGCACGCCCAGGAUCUCACGUCGCGCCUCACGAGUAGAGCCAUCCUGCAAAAUGCUGGAAGAAGGCUUUGA